AUCGAAGAGCUGAGCGUCAGGCGGGCUGACAGGUGGCGUUGGAGGAAACAGUGAGAGCUCUGUGUGUGGAGGACUGUGAGGAGCACGAUGAAGACCCAGACCUGGCUGCUUGUUCUGGUUCUCUGUGCUGGGAGCGUGCAGGCCUGGUUCUGGAAGAAGGACCCAGAACCAACAACAACAGCAGCCCCCGUGGAGAAUAACGCAACCACGGCGACCAUGAAUGUCACCUCAGAGGCCAACGGCACCAAGAAGGUGGAGGACGAUGACAACUUGUCCGGGGUUGGGGAGGAGAUCCUCAACGUGGCCACAGGAAUCCGUAAGUUUGUGGAGGCGUGGGACGCAACCCCGACCCCGACUCCGACCCUGACCGCCAGGACUACUAAUGGAGGCCUGAAAGAGAAGGUGGAGAGCGCUAACCCAAACAUGACGGGUAAUCCAGACAGGUUCAGAGGGGAGAGGGGGGAAAGGGGGUCUGGGAUCAGGGUACCAGAUGGAUCUGAGGUAGAAUUGGAGCUGGUGUUGGAGGGUGAUAGAGUCCGGUCUGGCGGUGAGGGGUCCACAAAGAACGGGACACUUCCUGCUCUUUCUUUUCCUGGUAGUCUCCUCCAUAGUUCUGACUCACCUUGUCUCGCCCCGCCCUCCGAUUGGCCGAUUUGCUCCGGCAAACGUCCCCGAUUUCUCUCGCUGCCCAACUUUUUCAACCACACCUCUUUGGCAGAGGUGGGGGCGGUCCUACGUGAGUGGGCGUGGCUCACAAGAGAAAGGUGUCACCCCGGUGCAGAGUGGUUCCUCUGCCUCCUGCUGGCGCCCAGGUGCACCCCCACCUCCGCGUCCUUUCACCUGCCCUGCCGCAGUUUCUGCCAGGUGCUGCAGGACAGCUGCUGGGCGUCUCUGGAGAACGGGCGUCUCCCGGUGGAGUGUCAUGACCUUCCUGAGCGGCCGCAGGAGCGCGCUGGCCCUGCGUGCGUGUCAGUUAGUAACUGGAAAGGUAACCCGGCGGGUUAGAAUGUAUCCUGACUGUCGAUACAUUUUGAACCCGAUGUCCCGUCCUGUUCUGUCGGUGUUUGGACUGUUCUGCUCUGUGUCUGCUUGUUGGGUGUCGGUAACAAACGCAGUCCCCAGUUCUCGCUUGUCUUUGGUCGAUUUUGCAUGUUUAACCCAUUUUUGAUGCAAUCACAAGAACUCGGUGUCCAGGCUCUAGUUUGAUGAAGGGUUCGAGGAUGGUCAGGUGAUUUGUCUGACUGGUGUCGCCCGUCCCGUGGCCUCUUCCUGUGCUGAUUCAGCAUCACUGCCACCGUCUCCUCACUUUUCUUCUUUGCAGUUAUUUCAGUUUAACCAAGAGUUAAUAACAACAUUAUCAGCCUUCAGAACCUGGAUCCAGUUCACCUUAACACAAACAAACAGAGGCUGGAAACUGGUGAUAUUACAAGAAUAGAAACUGCACCGCCAACUAGUGUCUGGGUGGAGUACUGCAGUGUGAGGCAGACACUCAGGGGUGUUAGUUUGUCAUGUUCUCUGUGGAAUAAGAAGAGUACAGAGUCAGUGCAGAAGAGUGAAGCGGGCCGCUACUCACACAGGUUAGCAUGUUAGCAUGUUAGCCGACAAAACCCAGUGCCUAGAUACGGUGGCCGAGAACCGCUACCGCUGCAAAUAAAAAAGAAUGCAGAAAAAAAGAAGUCACGACGGAAGUUACCGAUGCAAACAAAAAAAGAAACAGUGCAGAUAAAAAAAGCCACAAAGAAAUUUAACGAUGCAAAAAAAAAGUGGCGAUGAAAAAAAAGUUCCGUACUGCAAAAAUAAAAGAAUCCAAAACAAAAAAAAAGUUACAGCAGAAGUUACUGAUGCAAAAAAAACAAAAAAAAACGAAGCUUGCUGAAAAUAAAAAAGAAACUGUGCAGAUAAAAAAAAAAGCCACAGCAGAAGUGACUGAUGCAAAAGAAGAAACCAAAGACCACUGAAAAUAAAAAAAGAAACCGUAUUGGUCCCCGGCAGCUCACUUUCGUCGUGGCUUUUUUUAAUUUGCAUCCUUUUUUUUUGCUGUAACUUUUUAUUUUUUAUUUCUGCAUCACCUCUUUAUUUUUGCGUUGUUAACUUCCGUUGUGACUUCUUUGGUUUUUUUGCAUUCUUUUUUAAUUUGCAGCAGUGGCGGCUCUCAGCCACCAUACCUAGAUUACCCACAAUGCAACAUUACCACAGUUCGGCAGAUCAGUUCAACACCAGCAUAAAUAGGUAAUGCAGUACGGGAGCCUGUGAGGACAUUUCCUCUUCCUUUCUUUUGUCAACCUUAUAUUUACUCUGACUGGAGUGACACUGACGGAGGAAAAUAAGCUGAAAAAGAGAAAGUUUCUCUUCACUUUUCUGAGUUAAAAAAAAAAAACCUGCCCUCUCAUGUCCUUCAGUCUCAUCAUUAUAAAUCUGGUUCUUUAUUGUAUUUGUUGGGACAGUGUUGGAUUUGAGUCUUCAGUAUCCCUCUAGUCUCUGCACACCUCAUUAUCAUCAAAUCUCAGCCUGUAAAGAGGAAAGUUGUUGUUGGUGUCAGUCAUUGAAAGUCUGCUCUGAAUGUGUGUACACAUGCUAAUCCUGUGGUGUCCCUCUCUGUGCAGUCUCUGUCUGAAGGAGGACGUUUAGCAUGAAUGCAUGAGAAGAAACACCUGAGCUCACAUUUCAGUCCUGGACUGCAUGACGUCUUCCUGUGAUCUUCUCUUCAGCUGUGCAGAUCUGCGUCUGCAGGAUCGACGUCACAGCUGCUCUCAAUGUUUUCUCGCUCUCCACCUUUAAGUUCAGAUUAGAUAAAUAGAUUUAAUAGACUUGAAUAUCAUUGAAUUUAAAACGUUUUCUUUUGUGGUUCAGUUUUUGUUUCCCAGUCAGUCAAAAAAAAAGAGUCAGAAGAUUUCAGCUGCAUCCACAUGGAGACAGAUGAAGUCAGAAACUGAUUUACUCACUUCUUCAGCAGCUUAAAGACAGGAAAUGCUCCAGAGGCCCGUGUCCGGCCUUGGAGUGGCGUCAUAAAUCCAGCUCUAUAGACUCCCCUCUCUCUCUCUCUCUCUCUCUCUCUCUCUCUCUCUGUGGGAGGUUAACAGCCUGAACCCUGUUACAUAAAACCGUCUUUAUCAUAUGUUUCCCACAGGAGUAUUUAAUGUAAAUGUUCCAGCUUCAAGUGGCAGAUCAUUGAGUUCCUUUCCAUGAGCCACAGGAAGACUUCUUGUUAGGAUAACCUUUGACCUUUGAGAUGUUAAAGAAAAUGGACUCUCUCAGAUAAAGGAGCUGAGAUUGAGUCUGAGUCUGCAGGUUUCUGUGGAUUCUUGCUGUUCAGAUGAAGUCAAAGUGUUUGUUUUUUGCACUACAGUGUGUUUGACUCUGCAGGUUUCCCUGUUCGCCUGUUUUUACUGAGUGUGAAACAGCUGCACUGACCUUUUCAGUGAGAACCUGCAGGUCGGAGCUCAUUAUUGUUCUGCAGACAAGGACAAACUCCAGCUUCACUUCGGCUUUUAUCACUGCAGCUGCAACCGUUCAGGAGAUGAACCCGCUCAGAUUAGGGGAGUGGAGGAGGGUUCUGGUUGGAUUAGUUUUUACUGUCAGAGAAAAAGGUUUUUGUUCUGUAGGUUUGAGAAAGACGUGACACAUUUGAGGAUUGAAAGACUUUAGUACGGAGGAGAGAUGGUUUCCUACAUGCCGCACAUUUCAUUAGACAUCCAGCGCUCCCAUCACUUCCUACUCUGGCAUGCCGGUCGUCUCGCUCCGGGGUUAUCUCCUCGUCAUCAUCGUGUUUCACAGUUUGUUCUGAUCAGCUGUUUUGUGUGGAAUCAGAGAGCGCUCGGUGUCUGAGAGGGAAACAAUCGGGCCGUCUGUGGCGAGGAAGACGGGGCCGCCAUGGCAUUUACGAUGGCGGCGGCGGCUGCGAGUGGGAAAACGAAGAGAGAGGACGGCGAUUGUGUGAUCCGUUUAGGAGAAACAACAGGGCCUUGUGACUGGGGUGGCCCAGAGUCUCUGCCAGGGGUCAGAGGUCAGCCAAUUGCCCACCCUUUAAAACCAGUUAGACUUGAUGGGUGGUAAUGAAGUGAUAGAAGUUUAGAGGAUGAGCCGGAGAGAGAGAGAGAGAGAGAGAGAGAGAGAGGGCUUUAUGUGAGCGGGAGGAAAUAACAGGAAAGACACGACACGGUAAUCUGCAGUCAGAGAGGACACGUCUUCUUCUUCUUCUUCUUCUUCUUCUUCUUCUUCUUUACUGCAGCCUUUCAGACGUUCAUGACGUGAACCGUGAACAAUAGUUCGUACCUAAAUCCCCCACAGAUCAGGAGAGUUCGUUCUCUCCAGGAGGAACUUUAGUUUGGGCAGAAAAAACGAGUCGAUGUAUAUCGUAAAACAAACCAGCAGCCAUGAAAACAAACGAUAAAAAACGGAGACGGAGAGACUGAAGGUGUGUCGGCUUUUAGAAGACAGACAUGAAGUCCUACGUGCAAACAUGAUCCAGGUCUCUGAUACCUGUUGAAACUCACAUUCCUCCAAGAUUUACUCUGGACUGGAGCCAAAACCAACCUCCUUUAUUUCUUGGGUUUUCGAUCUGAACUCCGUGACUCUCCAUCAGUCUCCGGCUCUAAUUGGCCCUCCACGCCCCGGGUUUAUUCAGACCUGGAUUAAGGUCUGUCACAGCUGUCGCCCCCGUCUGAUGUGUUGACUGGAUUUGUGGGCAUUUGAAGACGUGUGAAGUCCACUCGGUUUGGUCCCAGGAGGUUCAGACUACAGCUGGACGUGUUAAUGGUUGAACUCGCCGGUUUAAUUGGCGGUGGGCGGGGGUCACUCGGUCACUUGUUGGUGUGUGAAUUGAAGUCUGUCAUGGCUGAUGGAGACUUUUUCUCCGAGUUUCUGCAGAUUCCUACAAAAUGCAUCAUUAGAGGAGAAGAAGAGUUUGUUAUUGUAGCGCUGACUCUUCCAAAUAAGGUCUGCAGGUUUCAGAUGGAGUUAUUCUGAGGCGUGUUUUUAUGAUGGUGUAACCGUCUUCAGUCUGACGGAGCAGAAAACAUCAUUAAUGUGAAACUAAAGAAGAGUUUUCACUCGCUGAUGGACUCUGACAGAGAAGAAACCGUGUUGAAGGUGGAGAAGGACUAGUCAGACGUUCUGGUCUGGUUUAUCUGCGCUGACUUUAGUACAGGACUCAGACCUGAGUGUUUGACCUCUGCACUCAGACCAGUUUCAUUUCAUUUUCAUUUCCUUUUUGUUUGUUAAAGAGGGACAGUGUACAUUAAUGAACAUUUUAAAAAGAUAAAAUGUAAAUGGAUCCAAUUGUAGCCACAAGGCUAGUUUCCAUUGGUAGUCCCCCUGCCAGAAGGAACAUGGCUACCUAAAAAGGUGGGAAAUCAACAACUACAUAAAAACAAACAUAAUACACAAUAUUUAAAACAUCAACAUAACCCACCCGAAAGCACGCCAACCAACUAAUGAUAACAAGUUUGGUUUUCAAGUAACCACCUCUUCAAAUUUAAAUGCUCUGUAUGAAUUGGACUCUCUUAUGUUUUGUGGUAUUGUGUUCCAAUCCUUGCCUGCCCUACAAGAAAAAACUGACUGACCAAAUAAAGAUUUUCUAAGUGGGAUCUGGCAGUCUCCUCUGGCCGCCCCUCUAGUACCACUAGUUGCUGGAGAUCUAAACUGUAUGAGGUUGCAGAGUGGGGGCGGAGCUACCCUAUGACGGAUUUUAUAUGUAAGACAGCAGUUUUUGAAAAGGACAAGAUUGUUCCAGCUUAAUAACCUAUAUUUUUGAAGAACUGUGCAAUGAUGAAAAGAUCUUGUUUUUUUAUCCAGAGUUUUGAGUGCUUGUUUGUAUCGUGAUAUUAAUGGGUUUAAAGUAGUGGGGUUUGCGGUGGACCAGGCGGGUAAACAAUAAUUAAUAUGGGACAUUAUAAGAGAAAACAUGUACAUUUUUGCCGCUUCUGUUGACAUAUGAUUUCUGAUGUGCCUGAAAUUUCCAAGUGUGACCUUAAGAAUUUUGCUUACUUUUUUAACAUGAUGUUUAAAAGUAAGAUUACUGUCUAACACGAUACCUAAAUAUUUAUAUUCAUUUACAAUUUGGAUUCUUUGGUUUAGAGCGAGUUUUCAGUGACUGUAGCGUGGACGUAUUUAAAGGUGGUCUGUCAGGAUUAGAUGAGACGUAUCUGUACAAAAAAAGAUGUGUUUGGAUCCUGGACUCAUGCAUCUGCACACAAACUGGUGUUAGGAAACCAAACGUACUGAAGUCUCUGAGUCAUCGUCUGCACGGCUGCACAGUUUUCUGGACCAGCACUCCGAUUUUUUGUCCCCCUCUUUUCUUUCUCAUGAGGAGACGCUCCUCUCUUCCCUACAAUCACAUUUCAGCCUGUUUCAGCUGGCAUGUCUCCUCCAUCCCGGCUUCUGGGACUGACUGGGUCUGUGUUCUCCAUUCUAUUCGAGUCCCUCAUGGUCCAUUUUCCCAUGGACAUCUGACACGCAUUUCCUUCCUCUGCCUCCAUCUGUGCGUCCGUCUGAGUCCUCACCAGCCUUUUUUUUUUCUCUGUGCACAGUACAACAGGCGGCAGAGGAAAAUCCGCGGUAACAGAAUCCACCAAGUCAUUUUUCAUCUCCAGAUGCCCUCAGGCCUGAGAGGCGGGGCUUCAGGCCUGAGGGGCGGGGCUUCAGGCAUGUUGUUCUUGGGUAUAACGAGCUCCGUUAGCAUGAAGGUCAUCGGGGUUAACGCGAUUAUUUCAUUGAAGGGUUCUCACGUUGUCGUGUUGUGCCAGCGUACAUCUGUGGACUGGAGGAGAGCCAAGUUAAAGAAACAGCUGAUCCACCACUUAAAGGAGCAGUCACACUAAAAACACAACACACACACACACACACACACACACACACAGAUGAGUUUGUGCAGAUCUGGACUUUGUGUGAUCUGAAACUGACAUCUAUGAGGGUCUUCGGUUUGGGAUUAUUGGGGGUGUUACUUCUUACACAGCUGUUCGCACCGACGCAGGAGCCGCCAUGAGGGUCUGUGUUGGUGGAUCAGGUCCAGGUUUUGGCUGACCAGCUGACGGACUUGAUUUUUAUUGGUCCAGUUAUUGAACAGGAGAGUCUUGUUUAUAUUUGGUUUCAGGAUGUCUGCAGCUCUUCAGGCUUUAAUCCGGGACACUGCAGACCUCGCCUGUGUUUUUGGAGUCCAGUUAAACCCUGGCAGAUCCUGAGUCUGAGAUCUGAGCGGGGAUAAAGACGUGAUGUUAGUCUUACAUAAUGGUCCUGUCAGCGCUCUGAAGAAUAGGCUCACAUUAUUCUUCUUCAUGGGAGCCUUAAACUGUGACCGUGUGUGUGGGAGCGCCGUGGUCGGCUGGACGCUUUCCAGAUGUGAGUGUGUGUGUCCACGAGGUGAGACAGGAAUUCACGGGCUGGUACCAAGAAGAAACUCUCUUUUCCUCGUUCAUCAUGUCCAACACUGAGUUUGACUUUCAGAGUCAGGUCCACCGCGCUCCUGCAACAGCUGCAGCAGCUGUGUCACUCGGAGAUGAACCAAUAGCAGGUGUCCUCAGUGGGAAGUUGACCACCCGGCGUGUCCCGUCCCAGCUCCAGUUGGACGAAAUCCCACAAGAUCCGGGCUUAGCUGCACUUUGAGACAACAUAACACGGCAUUCAUACGACUGUGCAAAUGAAGUGUUUGUGUGUGGAGGAACAUGUGUUCAGGAUUAGUCUCCGUCAGUGCCGGGGGGGCGGGGGUGAGUUAGGAGCUGAUCGUCCCAUCAGGAACUUCACAUGAUAGAGUUCUGCUCAGCGGGGCGGUGAGACCCUCGUCUGAGCAGGUAAAGGUGUGAGGAGAUCCUCCUGAAGAAACAGCUGCUGAGUUACCGUGGAGAUGAUGAUGAUGAUGAUGAUGAUGAUGAUGAGGCAGUUAGGACGUGGAAAAGCUGGGAAUUAACUCCAUCUUUACAGAGCUUUUAAACAGAUCUUUGUCAUAAAAAUAGACAUUAAAUAUAUAAUAAUAAUAAUAUAUAAAUAUUAUUUUUAUAAUAUAAUAAUAAUAUAUAUAUAUUAUUUUUAUCUUAUAAUAAUAUAUAAAUAUAAUAAUAAUAUAAUAAUAAUAUAUAUAGAUAUUUUUAUAUUACAAUAAUAUAAUAUAAUACUAAUAUAUAACCAAAGAAGCUCUCGCUGCUCUCUUUCAGACUUUUCACUCUGCAUUUCUGAAACUUUGGGAAUCCCCCGCGACCUCUGACCUCUGUGACCCUUUAAUAUACAGACCACUCGUUUUAGUGCUGUCAUGAAUCUGUGGCUGACAGCACAUCCUCAGGAGACACUGAAUGAAGUUUAUGAGAGUGUAAUCUUCGCUCUUCGGCUUUUUCCCCUCGGACUCUUUCUCUGUGUGGGAACUAAAGUUUCGUUCGCCUUCGUUCGCCCCACAGUUUCACCGGACGCACCAGGAUAAAAUUAGAAGAUUUCAGCUGUGUUCCAGAUUUACUGACGUUUGUUUCCGUCUUCAGGCCGUGGACUUAAAUCAGACAGAAAAUAUUCUCUUUAUUUCUGUUAAAUAAUAAAACAAACAGAUUUAAAAUCUCUUCAACUUUAGGAUCUCAUGUCUGCAUGUGAAACUUUAAACUACAGAGAGAGUAAAUGUAAAUAUCUGAUACUUUUGGAUCAUCAGUGAACAUUUGAACUUUGAACUUCAUUUAUUAGAAAAAAACAAAAACUGUUUUUACUCCGUUUUAUUUGUUGGUUUUGUUCUUCUGUGGCGUUUCGUGAAGCGGCCCCCGGCCCUUUGACCUUUGAACCUCCUGUAUGUUAGACUCCGGGGAUGUGUGAUUUAAACAGGUCUGUGGUUUGCCCUUUGACCCGGAGGUUCAUUGUGGUUUGGGGUUUGUUGUUGCAGAAUAAAACCAUCUUCAGUUUCUCCUCAGUCCCGUUUCACAGAUUUGUUUUUGUGUUUUUUUCUCGUCUCUCAUUUUUCUCGCUCCUCUCUUGCAGAAGAAAGCGGCGUCUCUUUGCUCCAGCUGAUCGGAGACCCUCCGCCCGACGCGAUCACCAGGGUGUACGGUCCGAGGGGGGAGGCCUCCUACGUCUUCACUCCGGGCGCCUCGUCGGGCCAGCCGGCUCUGGCCCACGUCCCCAACCCUUUCCACCGCCACUUUUCCCUCAUCUUCUACAUCAAACCUUCGUCUCCGUCCGCCUCCGUCCUCUUCUCCAUCACUGACGGGCCUCAGAAGCUCAUGUACAUCGGCGUCAAACUCGGCGCCGUGCGGUCCAAACGUCAGAGAGUGCAGUUCUUCUACACAGAGCCCGACUCCGAGGCUUCGUACGAGGCGGCCAGCUUCGACGUGCCGAGCAUGGUGGGAACGUGGUCACGGUUCUCGCUCUCUGUCUUUGAGGAGACGGUGACCUUCUACCAGGGCUGUGACUCUGAGCCGCAGGUGGUCAAGUUCGAGCGCUCACCGGACCCCAUGGAGCUGGACGCCGGGGCGGGGAUCUUUGUGGGUCAGGCCGGAGGAGCAGACACAGACCGGUUCCAGGUGAGGAUGUUAGACUCACACGUUUGUAAAGUUCUGAGACUUUGAGUUUGAGGCUCUUCUGUGGAAACUUUCAGGUCUUUCAAUAACCGAUCAAAGUGAUUGAUACUCUUUAAAAACAAAGCAGCACAUGUUGAGUAACGGACACCAGGAUGUAACUGUUGGACUUCAUUAGAUCACACAACAUGAUUUAUAGAGACACACCUAAUGGAGCGUGUAGCAUCUGGAGGAGAAGUCCGUUCACCGAGCCUGAAGAGAUGUUCGCUCGCCACGUUUCUGAGACAAACAGAAAAAACAACCAUGAAUCCUCCUCCUAACGUCACCCCCGGGAGUAAAACUCCGUCCGCUCAAACAGCAGGUGUGUCACAGCAGCAGGUUCGGGUCGAGGUCACAGCCGACCGGAAGAGCAGAAAUUAACCUUCCUCUUUCUAGUAAAUCUAUUACUCCACUCCACCUCUCACCUUUGACCUCUGACCUGCACUCUGCUGCCGACCCUGGUGACCACAUGUGACUCGGGGCUUUGAAAGUGAAAAAGGAAAGGACAUAAAUUGUGAUCCCAGAGGUCUUUAAAGAGCGUCAAUCCUUGUUUUCUGGGGUCAUUAUGAACUCCACCUGCUGAGAAGGAAAAAAAAGGUUAAAAAAUGACCUUUGACCUUUGUUAAAUCUGGUGAGUAAACUCUGUUUUUUAUUCAGGGGGAGAUCGCAGACUUCAGACUGGUGGGAAACCCUCGGGCUGCGGAGCGUCUGUGUGACGAUGAGGACGACUCAGACGCCGUGAGUGUCCACGUUUUUUUAGAUUUGACUUCAAAGUGUCUGAAUGUGAAUUACGAGAGACGUCUCUGUCUUCUGCAGGCGUCCGGGGACUUUGGCAGCGGGGACGGCGAGAGGAGACAGUCUGGAAGUACUGUGAAGGUGCAGCGGAUAUCAUAUUUACGAUAUUUAUUUAAAUGUUUGUAAUGAUGGUCUUUCACUGUCCAAGAGAAUAUGAGAAUAAGUUUUCAGUCUUUGUCUUUUUUAUUUUCUAGACCACCCCGGCCUCGCUCCGCCCGGUCCCUGAGCCUCCUGUGAUUUCCUCACAGGGCAGCAGAGUCAGAGACCCAGGUAAACACACACACACACACACACACACACACACUGACUCAGCAGCUGCCAAAACGCUCUGCUCUGUCAACACACAGAUGGAUGAAAACAUGUAAUGGAAGUUUUUAAUCACAGAGGAGCUGCUGCCAAAGAAACGUCCUAUAGAUCGACUUUCUUUGAUGCAGAAAUAUGUGCAGAGCGGGGAGCGCUUGUCUGGACCUGACAGUGAGGAGUGUUUUCUGCAGGAGCCUGAAGUGGUCCAGGACUCUUUAGCUCCCCUUAGUGGCGAGUGAAAGAAGUGUAGGGGGGAAAAAAUCCUUUUGAGAGUUUAUUGAUUCUUCUUCAGAUGAAAAAAAGUCAACAGAUCCACAGACCUGCAGACCUCUCACAGUCCGUCACCGUAAAGUCUUCUGUGUUGAAUUGUAGAUGUCAGGUACGGACAGUCGGUGGACUCCAGCCGGUCUGGACAGCCCGGUCCCAGAGGUGGGUUACAGCUCUGCAGAUCAGGAUUCUGUCCUGACCAACAUCAGGCCAUCCUAUCAGGUAUAGGAUGAGCUGUGGGUGUGGCUUUGUGUGACCUCCAGCAUGUCGUCGUGUCUCUGACGUGACAACAUGAGCUUCACUCGGUGGGAGUGGUCUUCUCAGGACUGAGGAUGCAUGAUGUUAGUAAAACCGCUUUGUGUUCGGACCCUGAGCGUCUGCUUGAUGGAGGAAAUGUGAGAUUUUUCUGCAGUGACUCCUUUUAAAUCAAAUUAUAUAAGAAAAAAAUAUAUGUUUUUCAUUUUGAAGUCUAUAAUAUCUAAUCUAGAUUUAUAUAUCUAAGUCUAUAAUAUCUAAUCUAGAUUUAUAUAUCUAAGUCUAUAAUAUCUAAUCUAGAUUUAUAUAUCUAGUCUAUAAUAUCUAAUCUAGAUUUAUAUAUCUAGUCCAUAAUAUCUAAUCUAGAUUUAUAUAUCUAAGUCUAUAAUAUCUAAUCUAGAUUUAUAUAUCUAGUCUAUAAUAUCUAAUCUAGAUUUAUAUAUCUAGUCCAUAAUAUCUAAUCUAGAUUUAUAUAUCUAAGUCUAUAAUAUCUAAUCUAGAUUUAUAUAUCUAGUCUAUAAUAUCUAAUCUAGAUUUAUAUAUCUAGUCCAUAAUAUCUAAUCUAGAUUUAUAUAUCUAAGUCUAUAAUAUCUAAUCUAGAUUUAUAUAUCUAGUCUAUAAUAUCUAAUCUAGAUUUAUAUAUCUAGUCCAUAAUAUCUAAUCUAGAUUUAUAUAUCUAAGUCUAUAAUAUCUAAUCUAGAUUUAUAUAUCUAGUCUAUAAGUCUUAUCUAGAUUUAUAUAUCUAGUCUAUAAUAUCUAAUCUAGAUUUAUGUAUCUAGUCCAUAAUAUCUAAUCUAGAUUUAUAUAUCUAGUCUAUAAUAUCUAAUCUAGAUUUAUAUAUCUAGUCCAUAAUAUCUAAUCUAGAUUUAUAUAUCUAAGUCUAUAAUAUCUAAUCUAGAUUUUUAUAUCUAGUCUAUAAUAUCUAAUCUAGAUUUAUAUAUCUAGUCUAUAUGUCUAAUCUAGAUUUAUAUAUCUAGUAUAUAAUAUCUAAUCUAGAUUUAUAUAUCUAGUAUAUAAUAUCUAAUCUAGAUUUAUAUAUCUAGUCUAUAAUAUCUAAUCUAGAUUUUUAUAUCUAGUCUAUAAUAUCUAAUCUAGAUUUGUAUAUCUAGUCUAUAUGUCUAAUCUAGAUUUAUAUAUCUAGUAUAUAAUAUCUAAUCUAGAUUUAUAUAUCUAGUCUAUAAUAUCUAAUCUAGAUUUAUAUAUCUAAGUCUAUAAUAUCUAAUCUAGAUUUAUAUAUCUAGUCCAUAAUAUCUAAUCUAGAUUUAUAUAUCUAGUCUAUAAUGUCUAAUCUAGAUUUAUAUAUCUAGUCUAUAAUAUCUAAUCUAGAUUUAUAUAUCUAGUCUAUAAGUCUUAUCUAGAUUUAUAUAUCUAGUCUAUAAUAUCUAAUCUAGAUUUAUGUAUCUAGUCCAUAAUAUCUAAUCUAGAUUUAUAUAUCUAGUCUAUAAUAUCUAAUCUAGAUUUUUAUAUCUAGUCUAUAAUAUCUAAUCUAGAUUUAUAUAUCUAGUCUAUAAGUCUUAUCUAGAUUUUUAUAUCUAGUCUAUAUGUCUAAUCUAGAUUUUUAUAUCUAGUCUAUAAUAUCUAAUCUAGAUUUAUAUAUCUAGUCUAUAAUAUCUAAUCUAGAUUUUUAUAUCUAGUCUAUAAUAUCUAAUCUAGAUUUAUAUAUCUAGUCUAUAAGUCUUAUCUAGAUUUAUAUAUCUAGUCUAUAAUAUCUAAUCUAGAUUUAUGUAUCUAGUCCAUAAUAUCUAAUCUAGAUUUUUAUAUCUAGUCUAUAAUAUCUAAUCUAGAUUUAUAUAUCUAGUCUAUAAGUCUUAUCUAGAUUUAUAUAUCUAGUCUAUAAUAUCUAAUCUAGAUUUAUGUAUCUAGUCUAUAAUAUCUAAUCUAGAUUUAUAUAUCUAGUCUAUAAUAUCUAAUCUAGAUUUAUAUAUCUAGUCUAUAUGUCUAAUCUAGAUUUAUAUAUCUAGUAUAUAAUAUCUAAUCUAGAUUUAUAUAUCUAGUCUAUAAUAUCUAAUCUAGAUUUUUAUAUCUAGUCUAUAAUAUCUAAUCUAGAUUUAUAUAUCUAGUCUAUAAUAUCUAAUCUAGAUUUUUAUAUCUAGUCUAUAAUAUCUAAUCUAGAUUUAUAUAUCUAGUCUAUAUGUCUAAUCUAGAUUUAUAUAUCUAGUAUAUAAUAUCUAAUCUAGAUUUAUAUAUCUAGUAUAUAAUAUCUAAUCUAGAUUUAUAUAUCUAGUCUAUAAUAUCUAAUCUAGAUUUUUAUAUCUAGUCUAUAAUAUCUAAUCUAGAUUUGUAUAUCUAGUCUAUAUGUCUAAUCUAGAUUUAUAUAUCUAGUAUAUAAUAUCUAAUCUAGAUUUAUAUAUCUAGUCUAUAAUAUCUAAUCUAGAUUUAUAUAUCUAGUCUAUAUGUCUAAUCUAGAUUUAUAUAUCUAGUCUAUAAUAUCUAAUCUAGAUUUAUAUAUCUAGUCUAUAUGUCUAAUCUAGAUUUAUAUAUCUAGUCUAUAAUAUCUAAUCUAGAUUUAUAUAUCUAGUCUAUAAGUCUUAUCUAGAUUUAUAUAUCUAGUCUAUAAUAUCUAAUCUAGAUUUAUGUAUCUAGUCCAUAAUAUCUAAUCUAGAUUUAUAUAUCUAGUCUAUAAUAUCUAAUCUAGAUUUUUAUAUCUAGUCUAUAAUAUCUAAUCUAGAUUUAUAUAUCUAGUCUAUAAGUCUUAUCUAGAUUUUUAUAUCUAGUCUAUAAUAUCUAAUCUAGAUUUUUAUAUCUAGUCUAUAAUAUCUAAUCUAGAUUUAUAUAUCUAGUCUAUAAUAUCUAAUCUAGAUUUUUAUAUCUAGUCUAUAAUAUCUAAUCUAGAUUUAUAUAUCUAGUCUAUAAGUCUUAUCUAGAUUUAUAUAUCUAGUCUAUAAUAUCUAAUCUAGAUUUAUGUAUCUAGUCCAUAAUAUCUAAUCUAGAUUUUUAUAUCUAGUCUAUAAUAUCUAAUCUAGAUUUAUAUAUCUAGUCUAUAAGUCUUAUCUAGAUUUAUAUAUCUAGUCUAUAAUAUCUAAUCUAGAUUUAUGUAUCUAGUCUAUAAUAUCUAAUCUAGAUUUAUAUAUCUAGUCUAUAAUAUCUAAUCUAGAUUUAUAUAUCUAGUCUAUAUGUCUAAUCUAGAUUUAUAUAUCUAGUAUAUAAUAUCUAAUCUAGAUUUAUAUAUCUAGUCUAUAAUAUCUAAUCCACCUUUCUGAAGGCUGUAAAGUGGUGUAAGUGUGUGUGUGUGUGUGGGGGGGGGGGGUGUUUCUCCUAAGAACUUAAAAACUGACAGGACUCUGGAGUGGAAUUAGUGGGAUUAGUGAAUACAUGACAGUCCUCUUUGGAAAUCCUGGACCCUCUCAAGAGUAGAAGGUCCACCUGUUCCCUGAAGGUCUGGGGAUCAUCAGAGUCCAUGUCCUCUGUGAAGGCUCCAUGAAUGCUGGACUAGAUCUCCAGGGUUAGGACCAACAUCUGCUGACAUCCAGACCAGGACUUCUUCAGAGAAGACCUUCAGAUUUCAGGAGAACAGUGACGAACUCAAGUUGUAUUGGAGGACUGAGGGAGGGUGAUGGCUGAUGCUGUAGCGCCCUCUGCAGGGCAGACAGCUGUACUACCUCUGGUAAAGAUUGAAGAUGAGUUUGUCAUGUUCAUGUUAAUCCAGGUCAAUAAAAACGUCCUGGAUGAGAGGAGCGCUCCACUCAGAGGAGUACAGAUAAAAAACACAAUAAGGACUGAGAGGAAGACAAUAAAAUAAUGACACAAAAACAAAUUUAUUAAAGACAAAUCAAAGUAGAAGAGGAGGUGCAGUCGGUGCUGAGUGUGAAUGUGUGAAAUGGAGGAUAGGUUGGUGGAUAAAUGAGGGAUGAGAAUGAUCAUAUUACUCAUGAUCAAUGAUGGUGUUUGAAUUGCUGUAUUUCACACAAAUAUUUCACAGUUAAGUGGGUUAAUGCUCCGAGUUUUGUCCGGUGGUCCUGUCAGGAGUUCAGUAAACAAAGUAAAUGAGAAGAAGGACUUUUGACCUCCAUCAGAUCUUCUUCUUCUGUCAUCGAUCUCUGUCUGUAGUCCUCCUCCUCUCUUCCUGAAGCUUUCAUCUGUUGGAUUUACUCGCUCUUCUUCAUCUCAGGGUUUUUCAGUUUUCUGCUCAGUCUGGUUUGAUAUUUUACAGGUGAACAGCUGCUGCUCGAUUACUGACGGGUCUGAUUUCCUCUGUUUUAGUCAUAAAGUCCAAGUGUGUGGUUCUGUUCGCAGCAGGUCUGUUCAGGUCCUCCGGUCACCAAGUUCUUCUUCAUUUUUUAACCCUGGUCUUCAGGUCCUGGUGGCGCCAAAGGUGAGAAAGGGGACCGGGGCGAGAAAGGCUCAAGGGGGGACAUUGGUCCAGCCGGGCCGAAGGGAGAAGCGGGCUCCAGCUCUGGUUCUGGUUCUGGUUCAGCUCAGGGUGGAGGACGAGGACAGAAGGUAGAUCCUCCCGAGUGUCUGAUGGUGCAGGAAUGAAAAAUCACCUGAGAGUGUCUAACACACACACCUGUGUGUGUGUGUGUGUGUGUGUGUGUGUGUGUGUGUGUGUGUGUGUGUGUGUGUGUGUGUGUGUGUGUGUGUGUGUCGUUUCAGGGAGAAAAAGGAGUGAAGGUAUGAAGUUCUUUUUUUUACUCACCUCUGAACUCACUGAUGGGACCAGAACCUCUGACCCGGUUCAGGUUUCUGUAGUCACCCUCUCCCCGUGGUUUUCCUCACAGGGCAGCUCCGGGUUCGGAUACUCCGGUAACAAAGGUGACCGUGGGGCUCCGGGACCUCCGGGGCCUCCUGGGCCUCCGGGACCUGCAGCUGAGGUGGUUCGACUCGGUGACGGUUCUGUUGUGCAGCAGGUGUCUGGACCAGCAGGACCAGCGGGACCAGCUGGCCCAGAAGGGGUUCCAGGACCUGCAGGAGCUGAUGGAGAGCCUGUGAGUGCAGACGAGAGAUCUGGACUUUUGUUGAUUGGAGAUUAUUGAUUAUUAUAGUUUAUUAUAUCUAUAUUUGUGUGUGUGUGUGUGUGUGUGUGUGUGUGUGUGUGUGUGUGUGUGUGUGUGUGUGUGUGUGGUUUAUUGUAAUAUUGUAAGGUGUUAAGAUUGUAAAAUGAUUGAUCAGUGAUUGAUUUGAUCGGGUUUGUAUCUUUCAGGGGGAUCCAGGAGAGGACGGGAAAACUGUGAGCCUCGGUCUUUCUCCUUUAACAGACUGAUAUAAAACCAGGUUUUCAGAGGUACCCCCUUUUAAUUCUUCUUUUGCUCCGGUCUUCAGGGUCCUGCUGGGCCGAAAGGUUUUCCGGGCACCCCUGGAGGUCCUGGUCCCAAAGGCCAAAAGGUUUCCAUAAAAAGCGGAUCAUUAAAGGAGUCCGAACUUUGAGUGUUCUGGUUUGUUCUCACGGUUUCUCAUGUUCUCAGGGUGAAUCUGGAGCGGGUCAGCCAGGACCAAGAGGCCCUCCAGGUCCUCCAGGACCUCCUGGAUCUGGCACUGGUGACCGCCCAGUAAGUGAAUCCCUCACAUAUAUAUUGAUCAGGUUUUACUGGUUCUCGGCCGACCCCUCACGGUUCUGGUUCAUGUUUUGACAGACUUUCUUUGACAUGGAGGGCUCAGGGUUCCCGGACUUGGACAAAAUCCGGGUAAGGGGGACAGUCUGAACAGUUUUUGGUUUUAGUGUUUCCCACACAGCAUAAUAAGUGUGUAAUCUGUUCUCCAGGGUCUACGUGGUCCUCCAGGCCCCCCGGGCCCUCCAGGGCCUCCUGGGACUUCAGUUGCUCUGGGUGCUAAUGGUCCAGUAGCUUUUGGACCUCCUGGACCACCUGGACAGGAUGGAGUACCGGGUCUACCAGUGAGUAUUUGGACUUUUUUAGUCUAGUGUGACGGUCUCAUGGAAAACCUCCAGUCUGCUUUAGUGGACUUCUGAUCCUUUGGGGUCCAGUUCCAGGUCCUGUAAACUCUGAAUAACUCUGUGGGCCCUGUGUGUGGUUUUAGGGUCCUCCUGGUCCUCCCGGUGCCCCAGGUCCACCAGGAACCCAAGGAACAAAGGUGAGCGAUCACAGGUUGAGGAUCUUUCCUCCUGAUGCAGAUCAAACAUGAGGGUCCAGGUCCUCAUUUAUCAGCCGUGUGAGUCCUCAUUGAUCCACCUGAACCUGUUCUGAGGAACCAACUCUGAGCACUCUUACACUCAAACCCUAGUGGUAGAACAGGGGAACUACAACUAGAACCAUUAAAGGAUUCAGGCAUUUUUAAAGGGAUUGUUGAUACCAUAUAUGGUCAGUUGGAGGCGUGUCUGAAUGUAAAUGACCCUAACCAUGAUCGAGCACGCCAGGAAAGAACGGGCGGGAAUCAUCAUCACCGAUCACUGACGUGUGUGCGUACGACCGUGUCCAGGGUCCAGGUCUUUGAGGUCUAUCUGUACCCAGUAAAGUGGACCUGACUGGACUCUCUGGACCUCCUCAUGUCUCCUAAUUAGAGUGAGACUCAGUUAAAGCUCCAGCUGAGGAGUAAUACUCUGAGGGUCGUUGGAAAAUGAAAACUGGUCCGCUCAGAUGGUCUUGUGGUCUUUGUCUCUGCAGGGUGACGGCGGUGAGCUGGGUCUCCCUGGAGCAGCUGGAGAAAAGGUGAGCUGAGAUCUGGACCCUGGUUUUUUCAGACAUGAACAUGUAAAGACUUUUGUGGCGGGUGUAUCCGGAUAGAUCCUGUCCUCCGUGUUUGUCGCUUUCCUCUAGCAAGACUCGCAAGACUCCAACCCUUUCAGCAGCUUCUUCUCUUACUUUGCUCCGUCCUCUACGGUGUGUAAUGGGCUCAGGUACUGGGGGAGGGUCUCUGCUCCUGUGGUUCCUCUCACUUCUCCAUGAUUCUGGUUUCUAAUCCACAUCCUCCCGUCCACGCUGACCUUCUGUAACCCCUCAGUAGUUUUAGAAGAGAGAGAGAGAGAGAGAGAGAGAGAGAGAGAGAGAGAGAGAGAGAGAGAGAGAGAGAGAGAGAGCUCCUCUGUAGUUGGUCUGCACUGACUCCUGUCUUUGACUUCUUCAUGCACUACAUUAGUUCCACACUCCUCCACGUCUGCUGCUCCUCCUCCUUGGUUCUUCUUCUUCUCUUUGAUUCUUCUUCUUCUCUUUCGGUGUUCUCCUCCUCCUUGGCCCUCCUGCUCCUCCUCUUUGGUUCUUCUGCUCCUCUUUGGUUCUCCUGCUCCUCCUCUUUGGUUCUUCUCCUCCUCUUUGGUUCUCCUGCUCCUCCUCCUUGGCCCUCCUGCUCCUCCUCUUUGGUUCUUCUGCUCCUCUUUGGUUCUCCUGCUCCUCCUCUUUGGUUCUUCUCCCCCUCUUUGGUUCUUCUGCUCCUCUUUGGCUCUCCUGCUCCUCCUCUUUGGUUCUUCUCCUCCUCUUUGGUUCUCCUGCUCCUCCUCCUUGGCUCUCCUGCUCCUCCUCUCUGGUUCUCCUGCUCCUCCUCUUUGGUUCUUCUCCUCCUCCUUGGCUCUCCUGCUCCUCCUCCUCCUUGGCUCUCCUGCUCCUUAUCUUUGGUUCUCCUGCUCCUCCUCUUUGGUUCUUCUCCUCCUCUUUGGCUCUCCUUCUCCUCCUCUCUGGCUCUCCUGCUCCUCCUCUCUGGUUCUCCUGCUCCUCCUCCUUGGCUCUCCUGCUCCUCCUCUCUGGUUCUCCUGCUCCUCCUCUUUGGUUCUUCUCCUCCUCUUUGCUCUCCUGCUCCUCCUCCUUGGCUCUCCUGCUCCUCCUCCUCUCUGGUUCUCCUUCUGCGGUUCGAUUAACAGGAAUGUCUAACCGACUUCAGAAGUUCGUCAAAGACUCAGUGAAUUCUCGUGACCCACUUCUCCUCCCCACCUCAGGGUUCUCAGGGGGAUUCAGGAAGGCCAGGCACACCUGGACAGACUGGACUUGCAGGUCUCCCAGGUCCCAUGGGGCCAGUCGGACCCCCAGGACCUCCUGGACCCCCAGGUCCGCCGUAUCGUGUUGGAUUUGUAAGUAAAGUUUUUGAAGUCAUUUAGAUGAGUCCUGUAAAAACCACUCCAACAACCUGGACCAGGACCAGGACUGAGGACUAAAAAUGUCCCCCAUCUCUAAAGAGUCCUCUCUUUGUUCGGCCCACAGGGAAACGAGGUCGGGUUUGAAGGGACCGGUGGAGUAUCCGGCCCACCUGGACCACAGGUACCCUGUGAUCUGUACUAAAUAUUCCUGAGUCUUUCUUCCAGUCCGUACCUGACCUCCUGGUUUCCUGUUUUUCAGGGUCCACCUGGUGUUCCUGGACUCCCUGUGAGUACCUGUGAGACCAUGACGGUCCCUGUACUUUGAUAAUAAGAACUAAUGAAUGAAGGACCAUCCUUAAAGAUUAAAUCAAGUCUGAGAAAGUUCUGGUCUGACUGUGAAUCCUCAGGGUAAACCAGGUCUACCAGGCAGCCAUGGAAACAAAGGCUCAGAAGGACCUCGAGGACCUCCUGGGAUACCAGGACUGGACGGGUUCUCUGGACAGCCGGUAAAGGACCGGAUUAGAUCCUGGAUUACAGUUUUUUAGAGGCCCCUGUUUCACCUGUUUUUACUGUUCUUGUUUGAUUUCAGGGUCAAAAAGGAGACAGAGGAGACAGAGGGGACGCGGUGAGUCAUGUGAUGUUCAAACGCCAAUCAGAACCAAGCGGUUAUGACCAGCUCUUUUAAACCCCGCCUCCUCAACAAAAUGAUCUAUUCUUAAUCUAUUGUUAUUAUUAUUAUUGUUAUAAUGAUUCAUUAGACAUUAUAAUCAUUUUUAUUAUUAUUAUUUUCUUGAGUAUUAUUUUAAUUUAUUAUUAUUAUUAUUAUUAUUAUUAUUAUUAUUUUUUUAUUAUCUUUAUUUUUAUUAUUAUUAUUAUUUUAUUAUUAUUAUUAUCUUAAUUUUUGUUAUUAUUAUUAUUAUUUUAUUUUAUUUUAUUAUUAUCUUAAUUUUUGUUGUUAUUAUUAUUAUUAUUAUUAUUUUUAUUUUAUUUUAUUUUAUUAUUAUCUUAUUUUAUAUUAUUAUUAUCAUCAUUAUCAUUAUUAUUAUCUUUAUUUUUAUUAUUAUCUUAAUUUUUGUUAUUAUUAUUAUUACGUUGAGUUGUAAUGUGAAGUGUGUGUGUAUGUAGGAUCCGACCUCACAGUCAGACCCGUCGUGUAAAGGAGGGACUGUUAUCGGAGGUUUUGUUUUUAUACAUGUUUCAGGGUCUGCCGGGGCGAGACGGAGGGCCACCUGGACCUCCAGGGCCUCCAGGACCUCCAGGACCAGUGACCUACCAGACGAGUGAUGUAUGUGAAGUAGAGAUUGAGUAGUCCUUGUGUAGAUGGUAGAGUUUGUGCACGUACUUAUAUAGACUAACAGUCACGCCCGCUGGAUGUCUGAUCACCUGCACACUAACUGACCUAACUUUGUCUCGCUGUAGUAUAAUGACGUUUAUUGGAACGAAGGACUCCAGGUGAGUCCUCCCUAACCACGCACGCCAUCAUCCUCACUAAACUUCCACCAUACUGUCAAAUCUGUGUGUGUGUCUGUGUGUGUGCUCGCGGCGUUUCUCCUCUUCUUCACGUGUUCCUACUCUUUCUUCUUCAGGGUGGACUUCCUGGUCGAGCAGGAUUCCCAGUGAGUACCAGCCUCACCAGUACAUGAACAAAAACCAGUCAUGGGGAGAAAAUUAAAGGAGGUUGACGUGUUUUUGUUUUUGUGCAGGGGCCCUCCGGACCAAAAGGAGACAAAGGAGACUCUGGUCCUCCAGGAUACGCUCCUAAAGUAAGAGAAGCAGCAGUUAGUGAAACGUCCCUGAAGACGCUGUGAAGCUGUUCCUCUGCAGAGUUUUCAUCGAUCCCACCCUAAAAAACAAACUCAGGAAAGUGUUGUGGUGUUUUUUAUCCAGCGCUGACUGUAAACUUGUUCUGUUCAGGGACAGAAAGGAGAACCUGGGGUCAUCAUGGGGUCUGACGGGAGACCUCUGUACCUCGGGGGUCUGGCUGGACUGCCGGUAAACAAACUCUGAUAUCAUGAGGAAACAUUCAGCAGAGUCUUUUUCUCCUUUGACAUGACCGUGACCGUGUGGAUGUGUUUCUCUGCAGGGGGAUUCUGGACCUCCUGGCCCGACAGGACCUCCAGUACGUUCCUCUCUUAGAUCUCACACAUUCAGGGUUUGGGGGUCUGUCACUGCAUCAGGGUAAAGGAUCUUGUCUUUUCAGGGUCCGUACGGUCCUGCAGGUCAGAAGGGGGAGAUCGGACUCCCGGGUCGACCGGUGAGUCUGUUUGAUUCUGACCGGAGGAGUCUGAGCUGUCCUUAAACACACACACACACACACGUUUAUUAUGUCUGAGGUAUGUCUGCUGUGCUGCAGGGUCGACCCGGUCUGAAUGGGGCCCGAGGAGAGAAGGGGGACUCAGGCACUGGAUCUGGAUCUGGUUAUGGUUAUCCUGUGAGUGUCACAGUUUUUGGUUCAAGUCCCCAAAGUCUGAAUUUUAACCCUGAUCCUCCAGACCAUGUAAAUAACACACAGUGAUGAAUGUUCCUCAGGGUCCACCCGGCCCACCUGGACCUCCCGGACCUCCUGGAUCUUCAGGUCCCUACGACAGGCAUGGAGUGAGUGAAAACCCAAAGCGGUCUUUACUGCAUCAGAACAUGGAUCUAAAACCUGAAGCUGACUCUGUAAACUCUCUUUCAGGGAUACGAUGAUCACUCCAGACAUUACCCGGGUAACUCUCCUCUGAACACGUUUUUAUUCAGAUCCUCUGUUCAAUAAAAACACUUGAGUGUGAACACCAGAGAGAGAGUCAGGUGAGACACACAGGUGAGCAGGAGAAGGUCAAAGAUGGAGGUUCGAUUUUUCUUCUCUUUGUUUUUUAGCCACAAAAGGAGAGAAAGGAGAGCCUGGACCACCGGGGACCCUCGACAUCUCAGGUACAAACACCGUUUCUGUCAGAUCUUUGAGGGUUCCAGGAUGAAUCUAAAGGUGGUGUACGCUCUCUCUCUGUUCCAGGUUAUGGGUCGGUGGACUUCUACACUCUCAGGGUAAGGGUCCUCAGAGUCGUCCUCAUGGUCCUGUAGAUCCACGUUGUUGUGAGUCGUUUGUGUUUUUGGAUUUUUCAUCUUUUUUUUGUGUCCAGAACGAGCUGAAAGGAGAAACAGGAAGUCCAGGUCUAAAGGGAGAAAAGGGAGAACCAGCCGGAGGAUAUUAUGACCCCCGUUAUGGGGGGAGUGGAUUCCCAGGACCCCCAGUGAGACCCCCUUCAUUUUUAAAGCACAGAGCUCCUUCAGGUCUGAAGGUCCAAAUCUGAUUGUUUUCUGUCUUCGUCCCGCCAGGGCCCGAAAGGGGACUCCAUUAUUGGCCCACCGGGCCCUCAGGGGCCCCCUGGUUCACCUGGAAGAGGCUACGAUGGGCAGCCUGGACCACCAGGGCCCCCUGGACCACCAGGACCAUCCCUACCUGGAGCCUACAGAGGCACACAGAGUGAGUUAUGACCCUAAACGGAUAUUCCGGCGUUAAAUUAAGUCAUGGUCAAACACCGAGUUAGACCCCGCCCCCUCCAGAGAUGAAUGUUGUCGACCGCUUCCUUCUCUAGUUAUACCAACUUUAGUAACGACCGCAGGAUAGAAAUACAGAGAGACACGCCCCCAACCAAAACGCCACUCUAUAGCCACAAAUAAUGCUCAGAACAGCACCUAACUUCAUCAACAGGACAUACAGGGUCACAGACAUAGUACUAGACCUCUAAUGAUCUCUGUGAUUGACAGCCAUCAACAUUCCUGGACCUCCGGGACCACCUGGAGCACCUGGACUGCCUGGGCACUCUUCAGGGGUGAGACAUGUUGAAGUAUUCCUCUGAUCGAACAUGACGAUGACGAGUUUCUCUAAAGAAACUCAAACCUGCGUCCACACUCCCCAAAGUUCAAAGGUCAGAGUUUUUCUCGUUGAAGGUCACCGUUCUGAGGACGUACGACACCAUGACCGCCACGGCGCGGAGACAACCUGAGGGCUCCCUGGUUUACAUUCUGGACCAAACAGACCUGUACUUACGGGUCCGUGACGGCGUUCGUCAAGUACAGGUGAAACUUGACUCUGUACCUGAUGCAGAAGGUCAAAGUUCAUCAUCAUCAGCUGUUGGAUUAACCCCCUCUGUUGUUGUUGUUGUUUUUCAGCUGGGGAGCUACAUCCCUCUGCCCAACGUAGACGUGAGUCUGGUUCUCCUCUUCCUCUGAUCUGGAUCCUGAAACUGUCCCCGUUUGAAUCAAGUCUCCGCCUCUUUUUCAGGGUAAUGAGGUCGCCGCCGUGCAGCCCCCACCCAUGGUCCCCUACUCCCCGGACCUCCACUCACACACCGACACCUCUCAAAGGCAGCCGGAGAGUCCGGUCCACCACGGCACUGAGCAUCACUCUCAGCCAGACCAGCAUCAACCAUCCAACCCGGAUCCACGCUAUCCGACCUACCUCGACCCCAGAUACCAGCCGGACAACCGCUACCAGCCGGACCCUCGGUACCCAGCCCCCACAGACCCCAGGUUCCCCAGUUACUCAGACCGGCUGAACCAACCGGACAGCAGGUACACAACCGAGACUCGUCCUGCGUACCCGGACCCUCGCUACGCAGUCACCCCUCAGAGAAGACCGGCUCGUCCUGAACCCGAGACCCCGGUCCACCACCAUCAGUCAGGUCCAGGGGUAAGAGGACUUUAAGACCAUCAUAAUAGAUGUUGAUGGACUUCUGCAGAUCCUGGACUCAUGUUCAGUAUCUAUAAGAUCCAGUAAACCUGCACAGACAUCAGACCUUCUCUGUGUCCAUCUCUACGGAGAUAAAUAUGAACACUGUGAAAAAGGAAGGUCUGAAAACAAGAUAAAAACAAGAUAAAAACACUAGAUCUGAGGGCAAAGGUCCUAAAAACAAGAUAAAAACAAGAUAAAAACACUGAAAACAAGAUAAAAACACUGAAAACAAGAUAAAAACAAGAUAAAAACACUGAAAACAAGAUAAAAACAAGAUAAAAACACUGAAAACAAGAUAAAAACACUAAAAACAAGAUAAAAACACUAAAAACAAGAUAAAACACUGAAAACAAGAUAAAAACACUAAAAAUAAGAUAAAAACACUAAAAACAAGAUAAAAACACUGAAAACAAGAUAAAAACACUAAAAACAAGAUAAAAACAAGAUGAAAACACUAAAAACAAGAUAAAAACACUAAAGACAAGAUAAAAACAAGAUGAAAAUACUGAAAAGAAGAUAAAAACAAGAUGAAAACACUGAAAACAAGAUAAAAACAAGAUGAAAACACUGAAAACAAGAUAAAAACACUAAAAACAAGAUAAAAACACUGAAAACAAGAUAAAAACACUAAAUCUGAGGGAAAGGGUCCUAAAACAAGAUAAAAAAACAAGAUGAAAACAAGAUAAAAACAAGAUAAAAACACUAAAUCUGAGGGAAAAGGGACUAAAAACAAGAUCAAUGAUCUGUCCAUGCAGCAAGAUCAUUUCACUAAACAAGAUUUCUUGAAUGAAGAUUGUUCAGUCUAGAAAUAAUCAUGUCUACAAAUGUAUUUGGAAGAUUAAAGUCAGACAAACAUGCUGGUUUAAGAUCAGAUGAUUAAAAUGUCACUUUUCCAGCCCUAAAAUCAGUGAAAUCGACUAAAUCUAAUCAAUGACAUAUUUAUUUUUCUUCCUUUGAUCAAAUGAAGCUGAAGAUUAGUUCAACCAAAAAUAGAAAUGUAGAGAAAAAAUACCCAGUAUUAGUGAAGAAUGACUAAACUCUGUCUCAAUCCAAGCAGGCUGAUCUUGAAACAAGGCUUACUGAAUCUGAAAACAAGAUUCCUUUGGAUGAGACUAGAACUGAUUUGAACAGUUAUUUUUCUCAUGUGAAGAUUUCCUGACUAUUGGAGACAAACAGAAGAGAAGGUUGUUGGAGAGAAGAUUACAGUGGAAACUUAAAGACUUCAAAUAGAACAGAUGUUGUCUUCAAUCGUCCGGUCAAUAAUCGAACCUUUAAACCCAGAUGACUCCGUAUCUAGUCCUGUCUGCGGUUCAGAGAUCUAACGGUUCUGGUUUUUGUGGUUUCCACAGCUCCACCUCAUCGCCCUGAACACUCCUCAGACCGGUUUCAUGAGGGGGAUCCGCGGUGCAGACUACAUGUGCUUCACUCAGGCUCAGGCUGUGGGAAUGAAGGGAACUUUCCGGGCCUUCCUGUCCGCCAAACUCCAAGACCUCCACAGCAUCGUCCGAAAGGCCGACAGAGACCGACUGCCGAUCGUCAACCUGAAGGUAUGGAGGGAGGGAAUGAAGACAGAGUCCAAACCCGUCAUGGUUCACGUCUGAACUCUGAUUUCAUCUCUGUUCUCACUCUUAGGAUGAGGUCCUGUUCGAUAACUGGGACGCCAUCUUUAAUAAUGGCAGGAUGAAGGACGGCGUGUCCAUCUAUUCCUUCGAUGGCAAAGACGUGAUGAGUGACGCCACAUGGUAACCACAUCACUAAAGGAGAAGUUAGGUAAUAAACAUCUUCUCCAAGUUUUAUUUUCUCACACUGCUCUUUUCUAAAACGUCUCAGGCCAGACAAGAUGAUGUGGCACGGGUCCACCAGCACCGGGCAGCGCCACGUGGACAGCUUCUGCGAGACGUGGCGAGUGGGUGACCGGGCGCUGACCGGCAUGGCGUCGUCUCUGCAGGGCGGCGGCCUCCUGGAUCAGAGCUCCAGCAGCUGCUCCAGCUCCUACGUGGUGCUGUGUGUGGAGAACAGCUACAUCAGCCACUCCAGGAGAUAGAGAGAGAGAGAGAGAGAGAGAGACACACACACACACACACACACACACAGAUUCACUACAAACGGACAAACCCAUGAUGCUUUUGUCCGUCUUUGCGCCGUUUGCGGUGCGUGUAAAUAUGUUUUUUUUUCAUAUGCGUGAUGAUGUCAUGUCGGUUAGCCCGCCAUAUUCGGUGCUACACGGGAUUAUUCCACAAGUAGAACCCAAGUUAAGCUCAGGGGACAGACAGUAGCGCCCUCCAGCAGCCGUGUGGGAAGUUAGUGGGCCUGAGAAAAGGUCUGUGAGUUGGAAAAGCUUCUUUCUUCAGUUUUCAGUAUUUAUCCAAAUAUCCAAGUUAGCGCUCUCUAAAGAUUUACCCGUCACCUUCUGCUUUGAAAGUUUCAGGAUUGUUCAAACAUGUUUGAAUACUUUGAAUAAGACUCUACUUUAUGGAGAGUAGUUUAAAAAAAUAACUGUAAAGAUUUAAUAACCAAAGUGAAAAUGAAAAUGACCUGUUUGUCUGUCUUUAAGAAAACCAGCAGCUUUUUAAAAAAGAAGAGUUCUUCUCUAAAGAUUAUAAAAUAUCUUUCAAUGCAUGAUGAAAACAAAUUUUAACCUCCUUUUUUAUCCAUUUUCUAAUUUAAUAAUCCAAAAUAAUACCAGCAAAAGCAAUAAAGCUUAACUCAAUUUAAACAAUUUUCCCUUUCAGAUGGACUCAUGUCCUGUCAGAGUCAGAGUCAUAUCAGAGUCUGUGAUGGAGGACUAAAGAUGAAAACAUCGACUAUGUUCAAGUUUUUUUAUUCCUAAAAUGAAAUGAUGUGAACGUAGAAACAGACUAAAUGUGAGACUCAGUGAAGCAGUGUUACCUUUAAUUUUCAGGUAUAUGAAACUGUACAGUCAACCCGACAUUUCCUCCAAAAAAACAGAAAAUUAAGAAUCUUUGUUUGUAAAAUGUUUGUGUUUUUUUUUUACUUCUUUUACACUGAUUAUCUGUAACCACAGCACUUGACUAUCUGCUUAAUUUAGCUUCUUCCUUUCAUAGGAAAAUACUUUCAAAUCUUAUUUUCGUGUUAACAAAGGGAUAUUUAUUUUUUACAAACUGUGCCUUUUUCAGCUUCAAUGUGUGACGAUUACAUUCCCAUUUAAUCUUAAAACCAUGACGUGAACCUGACGGAGAGUUUAGGGCAGAAGUUUGUGCUCAGUCAUCGUAGCAGGAUUCAGCCGAAGUUUGUUUGUUUGUCCAUGCACUGUUGCUUUUUUAUUAUUUGUCUUUUUUUUUUACUCCAGAACAGAAAAUGUACUGCAGCAGGAAACAAACACUGGUCACAAACUGAAGAGGGUUUUUCUUUUUUCUCAGCAGUGCCAAAGUCAGAUUUCUGUUCACGUUUGCAGGUUUUUUAAAUCUGUUUUCUUUCUGUGAAACUCUGCAGCUCAUCGAAUAAACCAGUGUGGUUAUUGUUUAUUACGUUUGUGUCACCUGACUCUGCAGAUCAGCUGUUACUGUCAGCACACCUGUGACUCCUCUGAUUGGCCGCACAGAUGUCAUUAAUCAUUAAAUACACUUCACUAACCGUCACACACCGGCAUUGACAGCAGUGCGAUCAGCUGUUUUCUGUUUUUAUUAACUUGCACUCUCCUUUAAUCGAACCCCAGUGACAGUGAAGCUUUACUUUCUCCUGAACAUUAAAAACACAGCUCAAAACACAGUACAGCUCUUUUAAUCACAGUGUAUAAAACAGUAGAAAAUAGAAAAAUAUACAAAUCUUGACAUAAUUCCUGUAUGAUAUUUUAACAUCAGUAACAAAGAUAUGUGACUUUGUAACAUGAGGUUGAGUCCAAAGUGCGAUAGAAAAAGAAACACAGAAAAGUUCAAACCGCUUCACAGAAAUAAAUGAGAAAAGACCUGAUAUAUAUAAAUAUUUAAAACCCUUCAUGAGAAAAUCGAACAUUAAACCAGCUGAUGAGGUCUGAGCAGGAACCCUCAAACAGGACCCCCUUUGAGCAGCUUGUAGUUCAGUCCGAUCACAAGCGAGCAGAACUGACUGACGCCCACAAAGUCGCAGCAGAGGAUGUUGACUCCGCCCACUUCAAGCUCACCUGGCUUC